AUGAAGGAGAUGGUAGGAGGAUGCUGUGUAUGCUCUGAUGAGCGUGGUUGGCCUGACAACCCGCUAGUUUAUUGUGAUGGAAAUGGGUGUACUGUUGCAGUUCAUCAAGCCUGUUACGGGAUAAUUGCUGUUCCUACAGGGCCCUGGUUCUGCCGGAAGUGUGAGAGUCCUGAAACCAAAGGCAAAGUUAGAUGUGAACUCUGCCCUUCAAAGUCUGGUGCUUUGAAGAGAACAGACACCGGUGGUUGGGCUCACGUUGUAUGUGCACUGUACAUACCUGAAGUCAGAUUUGGCAAUGUAACAUCUAUGGAGCCAAUUGUAUUGAGGUUGAUUCCACCUGAAAGAUAUAACAAGAUAUGCUACAUCUGUCAGGAUUUGGGAAAGACUCACAGAGCCAAUGCUGGUGCAUGUAUGCAGUGCAAUAAAUCAGGGUGCAGGCAGCAAUUUCACGUGACUUGCGCACAGGCAUUGGGCCUACUCUGUGAGGAAGCUGGCAACUACCUUGAUAACGUCAAAUACUGCGGUUAUUGCCAACACCACUACAGUAAAUUGAAAAAGGGUGGUAACGUGAAGACAAUUCCGCCUUACAAGCCGGUUACUCACGAAAGUCAAUCGAGUGACUCGAGCGGCGAGAAGGAGGGUGAGGCAUCUCCUAUGGCCACUGGCAGCGGUACUCCAACCCACGCUUCUAAAUCUAAAGGGCCUGGUCGUAAGUCGUCUCAUUCAUCGACUUCAAAUAAGAACGCUCCGAGUUCGUCAAAAGUACCACCUGUCCCAAUACAACCACAAGAUAAAAAGAAGCCAUCGCCAAAUCGCCGUGGCUCUUCGGCUGAUACGGGAACUGGUAGUAAGAAUAAUACGCCAGCACCUUCGCCUCAACACAACGUUGACACACAGAAGAGUGAAGUUGGAGGCAGGAGCAAAGCGAGCACCCCAGCUCCAUCUCCAAGGCGUACUCCUGAACCAACUCAAGAGCAAGCUAAAGCUGGUGGUAAUACUCCUGGACCUAACAAGGUACCAGCGCCGGUCGCUUCCCCAAGUGUCAAAUCCAACGAGCCUGUUGGAGUCAUUAGCUCUGUUGCUUCUGCCACUCCAGCUACUAUUACUCCACCGCCUGGAUCGUCAGCAACAUCGGUGGUCCAAGUAGCCUCUUCAAAGGCACACCAAGAGUCUGUUAUAACAAAUACAGAGGCAGUGGAGACCAAGCAGACGAAGAAACGCAAAGCGAUGUCCGCUUCGAACGUGCAAAGCUCUGAGUACAACCCGACUCCGCCUCCACAAAUUGCCCCACCUCCGCCACCAAUGGAGACACAGUCUUCGAGCAGUGCCUGGGAAUCCCAUGCAAGCAAUGAGCCACAUAUUGAUAUGGACAAAGUCAUUAAAAAGGCAAAGAUGGAAGGCCCAGAUGCAAUAUCUGCACCAAUGCAGUUUGCGAGUGUGAGCCAACCACAACCACCGCCGGCCCGGAGCCCAGUCUCACACCCGAGUCCAAGGCAUCUACCAAGUCCAAUGCCCGGGCCGAGUGGCCUGAACCAGAUGACAAAUAUCCGAUCUCCAUCUCACAUCCAGGCUGCUAUGGAGCAGAGUGUUGCUGGUCAUCCAACUCAUAUUCCAGGAAGGUCAGCUUGGGGCGGUCUCAACGUCACCUACGAAUUGCAAGAUCCUAACAAAGCCGGGGUUGGAAUGGCUGUUCCCAAGGACCAGAUGGGUCCCAACAUGGGGCAAAUAGUUCCCGCGCAUCGUAAUAAGAAACGUGCUAUAGCCCAUACAGCAACCUCAGUUGUGGCUAUGUCAAAUCCUCCACCGCAACCUAUACAAGCAGCUGCUCAGAACUUGGCCAAUAUACGUCGACCACCCAUGCCGACUCCACCGCCGAUGUACCACGAACAGAACAUUAAGGAGUCGCCGCCAAGCUCGCCGGGUUCAGAAAGGCCACUGAAGCCAAAGUUUGAAAACAAAAUGAGUGUGAGCUGUAGCGCUCCUCAUAUGCUUGGUAACGAGCUGAACCCCGAAAGCGGUGUUGCAGCGCGCUUGCAAGAGCAACUUAGCGCUGAGUUAGCCGCACACGCGGCUGGUACUACGGGACCAGAGCCUCUCAUACCACCACCGCUCAUUAAUAAGGCUGCACCAAUGGGUGGUGCAGGAAGAGGUACGUCGAGCGCCCAAAGCCUAGAUCAGCUUCUAGAGCGACAAUGGGAGCAGGGAUCCCAAUUUCUCAUGGAACAGGCGCAGCACUUCGACAUUGCUUCGUUGCUGUCCUGUCUGCACCAACUCCGAACAGAGAAUGUCCGUUUAGAAGAACACGUUGGCAAUUUACUUCAGCGGCGUGAUCACUUACUGGCUGUCAAUGCUCGUCUUGCAAUACCACUUACAGACGUGUCAGGCCCGCCAGAACCACAGCGGUGUCCUCGAGACAUUUCAUCGCAGGCCAAGUCCCAGCAGCCACCGACCAGGUCUGGUGAAGCUAUGAAUGCAGACAGGCACCAGGAAGUAGCGUUACAAAAUGGAACAGAAGCGAUGGAUAGAUUUAAGGAAAUACCGUUUCCAUUGGAUUUUAAAGUAAGACUCUUCAACAUCACAAACCCUGAUGAGGUUAGAGCUGGUGGUGUACCCGCAGUCACUGAGUUGGGCCCUUAUAUUUAUAAGAUGUAUCAUACGAGAGAAGUAGAAGAGUACGAAGCGGAUAUAAUAAAAUAUCGGACUAGAAAUAUCUUCACGUUCAAUGCUGAAGCCUCAUACCCCAACACUGAGGACGACAUUGUUACAGUUGUUAAUGUUCCCUAUCAUGGAAUCCUACAAAUGGCUGAAACACGCUUUCCAGCACUGAUGGGACCUUUAAGUCUUGGAUUAGAUGGAAUCUUUGGGGCAAAUAAUGGUCCAAUUAUGACUGUUCGAGUCGGUGACUUUUUGUUUGAUGGAAUUCCGAUUUGUAAGAAUCCAGGAAUCAUUGGAGGCGUAGCUUGUAGCCAAAUUAAAGCUAUAGGCGCUAAUGUAAAGAAUUUAGUUGAAGCAGAAGACGGUUCGCUUAUUUUUACUAUCCUUGACUAUAAAAAUGACAGCCCCAGCGAGUUGUACGAGGUUUACAGGGGCAUCGACGAUGCGAGCAGACUUGGUAUCAUGAAUUUAUUCAAUGGCUCGAAAUACAUUGAUAAUUGGGUGACAGACAUAGAUGAGAAUGGGGAGACUGUACCCGGAAUCUGUAAUAUGGUCAACGGAUCCGAUUCGGCGAUAUAUCCACCAUUUGUCGAUAGAGAUAAACCUCUUUUCGCCCUUAACACGGAUGUCUGUCGGUCCGUCCAAUUAAAAUAUCAGCGUGACACGGAGUAUGAAGGCAUCCCAGUGGCGAGGUUCACGGUUAACGAAUGGUUUUUAGACAACCACGAAGGCUGUUUUUGUCUCAACGUGACAAGAGGGAUCACACAAGAGAAUGGUUGCUUAUUAAAAGGCGCAAUGGAGCUAUACAGCUGUGUCGGUAAGUAUGUUUUUAUAUUAAGCUAA